AUGAAGGCCUCAGAGGUGCUCUCUGCGACGACAGACCUUCCUAAACUACGCCUCGACUACCGCGCUAUUUCAGAGUCGAUAGUGUACAAGUCUCACAACGCCUUCAAUCGCAAGGCUCCACUUCCGAUUGGUGCAUUGCAGUCGGUCGUGCGCCAUUACGAUGAACAGAAGAGACUCUCCAAUGAGUUAGGCUUGAAGCGCCACGCACGGUCGAACUUAGGCGAAAAGAUGCGACAGAUCAAAGAUCCAAUUGAGAAGCAGGCUGUCUUGAAUGAAGCUAAACUUCUCAAGAUGGAGGUCACAGACCUGGAGCAGCAACUCGUGACAGUGGAGGACAUUUUACUGGGGCUUGCAUUGCAGAUACCGAAUGACACACAUCCCGAUGUACCACUAGGUCCAGAGGAAGCUGCUGUGGUACUUUCCACUCAUGGAUCGGAUCCCAUUGCCGCCAGUGGCAAACGUGACCACAUGGAUAUUGGUCGCGCUCUUGGUAUCCUUGACUUCGAAGCGGGGGCGACCGUUACGGGUUCAUCAUGGUAUUAUCUGCUAGGAGAAGCUGCACUCUUGGAGAUGGCUCUGACCAACUAUGCCCUCUCAAUUGCUCUUAAACACGGAUUUAGAUUCGUCACGACGCCGGACGUCGUUCGGGCAGACAUUGCCCUACGAUGUGGAUUCCAACCCAGAGAUCAAAAUGCUGAUCCACCUGUUUCGCAAAUGUAUCAUAUUGCAUCUUCGAAUCCUUCUCAUCCCGAACUCGUACUUUCUGGCACUGCAGAAAUACCGCUUGGCGGUAUGUUCGCAAAUCAAAUAUUCACGGAGCAAGCUUUGCCUUUGAAAGUGGUCGGUCUUGGCCGUUCAUUCAGAGCUGAGGCAGGUGCCCGCGGCGCAGACACUCGUGGACUGUACCGAGUUCACCAAUUCUCGAAGCUUGAGCUUUUUGUUGUUUGUAGUGAAGACGCGAGUGAACAAAUGAUGGAAGAACUUCGUAGUGUGCAAACCGAAAUUUUUGAAGGCCUAAAUUUUCCGUUUCGAGUUUUGGAUAUGCCUACCGAAGAAUUAGGUGCUAGCGCGUACCGCAAAUAUGAUAUGGAAGCAUGGAUGCCAGGUCGAGGGAGUUGGGGAGAAAUAUCUUCCGCAUCUAAUUGUACUGAUUACCAGGCCCGUCGCCUCCAUAUCCGCUACCGUCGGUCGUCAGGUACGCACAGGCAUACCACACCAGCGUCCUUAUCCGCUUCGACUCAAUCAGCACCUGCGAUACCAUUCGCCCACACUUUAAAUGGCACUGCAGCUGCCAUCCCCCGUCUGGUUGUUGCUCUUAUCGAGAACGGUGCAAGGUUCGAUGAAGAAGGCACGCUAGUGGGUCUUGAUCUACCCAGCACUUUGAAGCCUUUCUGGCAUGGUACAUCUUCGAUCAUAUGGUGGACUUGA